AUGAAGGUAUGCUUCAAGUGUAGACAAAAGGGACAUUUUGCAAGCGAAUGUACUCAAGAGUUUAUCACUUUGAAACAAUGCACAAAAUGUAAUGGUAAAAACCAUUCAGAACAAGAUUGUUGGAAAAAUAAGAACCAACAAAAAUGCCAAUUGUGUGACAGUACGGAACACAUAGCAAAAAAUUGCCCAACAAUCGCAUCAAAACUAGAAAAUGACAAAGUAUGUCAGAUUUGCGACAUUAAAGGUCAUGACGCAAAAACCUGCUAUAAGAUUGGGAAUUAUGUUAGACCACAACAAAGCUACGCAUCACCAACAUGCCAAUUAUGCGGAAUAAGGGGGCAUGCUGCAAGAAAUUGCGGAAUGCAACGAGAAAAUCAACAGCGUCCGCAAGUAAGAUUCAAUGAAAAACCAACACCAAUGUGGAAUCAACGCCCUACUUGCCAACUAUGUAAUAUAAUUGGUCACCAAGCAAAAGAUUGCAAUCAGCGACGACGGUCGAACAAUGGUUAUAAUAAUGGAACCAAUAAUGGUUAUAAUAAUGGUUACAAUAAUAGUAAUAAUGGUAGCUAUUAUAAUGGUAAUAAAAAUGGCUACAAUAAUAAUUACACGAACGGUUAUAAUGAUGGUAAUAAUAUGGGUAUUAAUAAUGGUAACAUGGUUGGUAAUAAAUAUGCGGAUAAUAGAAAAGACGGUUCAAUUCGAGGUUGCGAUUUCUGUAAGGGUGAUGAUCAUAUAGAAAUGAAUUGUGUUAAGAAAAAAUUCCAACAAAGAGUGCAGGGAAACUUGCAACCGUCCCUCUAA